AUGUCUCAGAUCCCCACUAUUGAGGAAAUCAAACAGGCGGCAGAGAUUAUCAAAGACUAUGUGCACAAGACUCCAGUGAUAACGAGCUCUACCUUGGAUUCAUUUGCUACAAACACACUAGGACGCGAAACUAGACUUGUAUUCAAGUGCGAAAACUUUCAGAAAGUUGGGGCCUUCAAGAUACGGGGCGCCACUCAUGCUGUCAGACGACUCCUAGAGACCGUAAUAGAUCCAUCUAUGCUGACUGUCGUCACACAUUCCUCUGGUAAUCAUGCUCAAGCCCUAGCGCUUGCUGCACGACAACUGGGCGUCCAAUGCCAAGUCGUUAUGCCCUCCAACGCGCCACUAGUGAAGAAAGAAGCCUCCACCGUCCAAGAGAUCAUCCAGCGAUUGGAGAAAGAGGCAGCUCAAGCCGGCAAGCAGAGUAUAGUUCGGUUGGUACCACCGUAUGACCACCUCGACAUUGUACGGGGACAGGGUACCAUUUCGUUGGAACUCCUGAACCAGGCCGAGGAGUUGAAUCGACCUCUCGAUAUUGUCAUUGCCCCCGUGGGUGGCGGCGGAAUGCUGAGCGGAGUCUCACUAGCUGCCAAGAAUCUAUCCAAAGACAUACUCGUGUUUGGAGCCGAACCGACAG